AUGCUGAUUCUGGGUUUGUAUAGCCUUCCCUACAAGACAAUUACCGUUCCCAGCCCUCUCAUCCCUUCCGCGGGUACGCUGAUCGAAACGUUGGUGAUGAGGAUGAGCACAGUGAAGAUUUGGGGCUUGGGUGGUCGAGCAGCCGGCGGAGUCGCGGGCAACAUCUUCCAUCGAACCAUGCCCUUCGCCGCGAGACUCUACACUCCCAAGGUCCGUCAUCAUCGUCCUACACAGGAAAUACGAUCUCAAGUACCCGAGGGAAGGACGGAUCCUGUUGGGCUUACGGUGCUACAUGAGCCUAAGGAUGUGCCAAUUGCGGACCUAGUCUUCGUGCAUAGUUUAGGAGGAGGCAGUUUCCGCAGCUGGACGAAGGAUGACAGGCCAGAUGCUCUAUGGCCUCUCACUUGGCUUUCUACAGAAAGCUUGAUUGAGUCCGCUCGGAUAACCACCUACGGCUACAGCGCAUAUACAUCUGCUUCGGAUCCUGACCGUCUGCUUGAUAUAUCCGGCUUCGCAAAGGACCUCCUAGCAAAGCUGCGCUUCGGCCAUGGUCGAGAGGACAGAUCUCUGGACGCGGGAGGCGUGCCAAUCAUUUUCGUAUCGCAUUCCUUGGGAGGACUAAUCGCCAAGAAGGCAUAUCUUUUGGCUGUCUCUGAUUCCACGUCGACCUACCGGCAGAUCGCACAAGCUACUUCGGCCUUCGUCUUCUUCUCGACACCCCAUCAAGCGCUCGACGAAGGUUCUGUGGUCCAUGACAUACUUCUGGCCUGCGUGGCAGGAUGGCGAUCUUACCAAACUGAUACAGUCAAGAGGCAUCUGCCGGCUCUCAACGAUACCAAUGAGAAAUUCAGAGACAUGGCCUCGCCUCUGAGCAUCUACUCGUUCUACGAACGUCCUCUCACGCGUUACUACUCUGAAUCUGAGCCGUAUGUUCUCCCCCAAGACUUGGCGAUCCUUGAUCAUCCAAGUGAAACCUCGAUACCAUUGGAUUCCGAUCACCUUUCGAUGACAAAAUAUGGCUCACGCACGGAUCCAAACUACCAGAGCGUCCGUGGUGCACUUCGCUUCCUUGUUGAGAAGUUGAAUUCACGCAGAAGAGCCGCUUUUCCUGAUAACACUGCAAGUCAAAUGGAAGAAGUCAGCCGGCUGCUUCGCGGCUUCGAGGCUCCGCAGGACGAUCUACAGUCUUUCUCUGAUAGGCGCAUUUCAGGCUCAUGCGAGUGGGUUCUCCAUCACCCGACUAUGCACUCGUUCCUUACCCACGACUUCUCUCAGCCACAGCUGCUGUGGUGCCACGGAAAGCUAGGCAGUGGCAAAUCCGUUACUGCGACGUAUCUAAUAGAGCAUCUUCAGGCCGAUGACCAAGCCUGCGCGUAUUACUAUUUCGGCUCUGGACAGCAAGUCAAGAACAACUUGAAUCGGUUCUUGUCAACUAUUGCUUUGCAGCUUGCCCAGCAGAUACCAGAGUACCGCCGGAAACUCUGCACCCUCGCGGCAGAGUCGAUCGACGUUGGGAGAAAUAGCCACAAGAUGCUUUGGAAAAAGUUGUUCAUCUCAACGCUGGUCAGAUGCAGCUCAAGGGUACCCUUCUACAUCGUGAUCGACGGAUUGGAUGAAUUUGCACAAACGAAGGAGCUUCUUCAGAAAAUGCUGAUUGAGCUCGAAGGUGCACAGGUACCCCUACGCCUAUUACUUUUCAGUCGGCCAACACCAGAGAUAAGCGUGUCAAUUGAGCGACUGUCGAAGCGUGUUGGUGUGCAACGUCUAGCCUUGGAUAACAAUGCUGAGGAUCUGGAGUUGUAUGUUCGGGAUGAAAUGGAUGUCAUGAUGGGCGACGAUGACUUCAAAGAGGAGACAGUGAAUCGUAUCCUUGCGAAAGCUAACGGGAACUUCCUGUGGGCUCAUCUUGUCGUGCAGGAAAUCUUGACCUGCCAAAUGGAAGAACAGGUGGAACAAGCGUUGAGGCAAGUGCCUAGCGAACUUAUUCCUCUGUACAAGCGCAUGGACACUCGACUUUCGGACAUGUGCCGCUCGCGCCCCCAAGAUCAAAGAUUGGGUCACGCGAUAAUCAUCUGGACAGCUUGUGCGCGACGACCACUUCACUUGGACGAGCUCGAGAUCGCUCUGGAGCACGAAUUUCCAAGGAUCUUGGAUAUGGGCCAAACGAUACAAAAGCUCUGUGGCGAAUUCGUUUCCGUUGACAAAAAAGGGCAUGCUCAAAUGAUGCACCCCUCCGCCAGGGAGUUCUUGAUAUCGCACACGGAGCUAAGCUACUACGUCGACGUUCGAAAGGCACAUCACAGCCUGUUCACGAGAUGUGUGCACGCUCUCGCAUCUCCAAGACGGGACUACAGUAACCACAAAGACGCCACACGAGCUUUCCAGCUCUACGCGGCAUCGUCUUGGCCAUUCCAUCUGAACCAGAGCUCAGAUCAUGAAGACCAGCAGUCCCUUCUUUCGAUUUCGAAUCUUAUUGCCAGCCGUGCAAUACUGGAUUGGAUGGUGAUGCUAGUGCAAGCUGGCAACCUCCGCGCAUUGGUCGAUGCAUCGAAGGCGUUGAGCUACCUCCUCAAGACGGUUGAGAAAGCGGACCGGGAUCGUAGUCCCAUGGAGCAUCGACUACAAGCCAUUGAUCAUGUACAGUGCUGGGCGCAAGAUCUGAUCCGUGUGGUGGGCAAGUUUGGCGGUCAAAUCAUCGACCAACCGAAGACUGUGUAUCGAUUGUUGCCGGCGUUCUGCCCGCAGCAGUCUAUCUUGCACAGACAAUUUUGCACUGGACCUCCGCACCAUGCGAGCAGACAAGACUUGCCCUUGCUUAUCCGCGGCAAGCUCAGCCAUGUUUGGGACGACUGUUUCGCCAAGUUCCCAAUCGCUGGUGAUUCUUUACCAAGCGCUGUCUUGAGUCUUGAUCGCUACUUCGCCAUCUUGACUAAGGACGAUGGCACGGUUCAUCUCUACUAUUCGACCACAUGCGAAGCCGCUCGUCGGCUCUGCCAUGGAGACCAUGUCCUAACGUUCUGCGUUGACCCUUCGAUUACGCGCAUCGCAACAUGCGGGUUCCACAAAACAAUGGUAUGGGGUAUCGAAAGUGGGAGACUGCUCUUCAGUGUGGAAAACCCAGAUCACGCGAAGGCCCUGGCAAUCAGCUUUCAACGCGGAGACCGCGGAGAGGAGACGCUACUCACCUUCUCGGACGACAGGACCGUUCGGACUUGCUCACUCGAGGCAAUGCGGAUCGAAUGGCAACGUCUCAGACCCAGUCUUGAUAGUGAAGUGACACAUCCUCACGAAGUGAACGCUCCGCACAAUGCUCAGUUUAGUCCUGAUGGACUCUACCUCGCGAUAUCCUUUCGAGGCGCUAGUCCGGCUGUUUGGUAUCUGGGAGACUCCGUUCCGCGAUUCGUUGCACAUUUUGACGAGCGUUCCCGCGGAAGCUCGAUCCAUCUACACGAACACACCAGGGUUAUCUAUAUCCAGGCUUUCGCGUGGAAUCCUCUCACAGGCCAUCUACUUGGGACCUAUUACGGCGGCGGAGUCUUCAAGUGGCAUCCGCGCGAUAGAGACUUUGCAAUUGAUGACUCUAAAUGUGAGUCCAUCAAGUGCUCAGCGGACGGCAAACUUUUCAUUACCGGAAGCAGCGAUGGGGCCUUGCGUAUAUGGGAUUUUGAGCAUUUCACGCCCAUCUACCAGCUACGGUACCCACUACACAUUGAAGACCUUGACCUCGCUCGGAGCGAAGCACGUAUCUACGAUCUAAGGGAGCAGUACUGCAACAUCUGGGAGCCUACCAGCCUGCUGAAAGCUCUAGAGAGCGACGAUGUCACAAGCGACACUCAGAGCAGCGACAUGCCUUCGUUCGUUGCAGAAUCUGUUGGAGAGCAGGAAAAUUUCGAGCCAAUAACCGCUCUCGCAUCGCUAGGUUCUGCUGAUUUGUAUGUCAAAGGGGACGACGCGGGACAAAUCUCUAUCUGUGACUUUGACGGAGUAGCAGUUGCAGAGACCCCAGCAAGUCCAAUGAGCAUCGAACAGCUCUCAUGGUGUGGAGCUGCACAGCUGCUGGCCAGCGUCGACUUAGGGCGGGAAAUUGUGGUCAGAAAGCUUGAGUCCUUUCCCGCGGAGGACCGGUGGCACAAAGAGACUGCGGUGGUGCAGACCUAUUCUGAAUGGGACGAGGUUCAUCAGAUUGAAUUACAGCUCUCCGGUGAACGGCUGCUGGUUGUGACCCCCGAUGCCUUGAAAGUUCACACCGUUCGGGAGAGCAGCGCGCCUGUUGUGAUACCUGUGGUACACGCGAAACGGUGGAUUACACACCCGACAGACGACAACCUCGUCCUGGGGUUUGGUCCCCAUCAGGUCACAUCGCUCCCCUGGGACGAUCCUUUGAACGCAUCCUCGCUGGUGUAUCGGCCUUCUGCGCAGAAUGGAAUGGAUUCGGCAGCUGAAGCGAUGGCUUCCCUACGACUGCCAAAUCCGAGACGGCCUUCCCAAGCGUACCCUGCAAGUCCUUCGGAGAUCAAUCAGACAGCUCACAAAGUCUUCAUAUCGCCAAGCACGGACUUGGCUAUGGUUGAGCUCUUCGAAACCACAAAGCAGACCCGGCGGCGGGCUGCAUGUCUACUAAUGGAGACGAAGCACUUUUCCAAGAAGACCACAGAAACCUCCAUACCAGUCUGCUCACUUCCGUCCGACCUUACGGACAACCUGUACAUCUCAUUGGGGUUUGUCAACGCGGAGAGUCAAGCGACCGCCAAUCAUCGAGGCUCUUUUGCCGAGCACCGCAGGUCCAGUGUCCGACGACAAUACAACCUCAGCACAUUCGUGUUCGUGGAUAGGAAUUUCUGGGUCUGCACUUCAGACGUCGGGUUUCCACAAGAGCAGAACGUGGCUAUCCGAAAGCAUUUCCCAUUACCACGAGACUGGCAGAAUGCUGAGUGUCUGGAUAUGGCAACGGUAACGGAAACUGGAAACAUCUUGUGUCCUCGCAAUGGAAAUGUGGCGGUGGUGUCCAACGGAUUGAUAGAGGAGUAUGAUGCCUAA